GUCAACAUGGAACGAGCAGCUCGCGCUAUUCAAGGCCUAUUACCGAGUACCCUUCCUCCAUCUCUACGAGCAACACCUGCAAACCUUUACCAGAUACUUUCUCGAGCACCCGGAGGCGGUGUUGGCCAGCGUGUAUACCAGAUCCGUUGGACGGAGAAAGGUAUAAGAAGCUGCUACUGGCAAGUAACACGGACACGGCUCAAGCUCGAGGGGAACCACGGAAAGGCUUGGGGGAAGUUGUACUGGAGAGGCAAACAAAUUAGUGGGCAGGAGGAGAGAAUCAGUGGUUCAUUGAAAUACAAAUGGUCAACAGGUUCAUCUUAAGCCAAUGCACAUACUGCAGCGCAGGCUUUUGGAAUAAUUUCUGUAUAAAUAUCUAAUCCUGGCUGCUUUCAAGUUGUUUGGAAUGCCGCUUUCACGCUGGCCCAAGUAGCCUUGUGCAAGUCAUUUGGCUCCAUUGACCACAUUUCUGCCUCUAAUCCUACUGAGAUAAAUGUGCCAAAUAAAAAGGAUUCUGGUUUCAAGUAUGUAGCGGCGUAAGGAUUUCUCCACCUCCCGCAUGAAUGAUCAGCGGUUUCCUUCAUGUUGACCAUGAAAUAUGCCAGUAAGGGAAUGCUUGGUCCAGACACCAGAGUGAUCUGAGGCGUUCUGUUCAUCAAAUGGUGACUAUCCAUGAAGCGAAACGCUGCUCGCGACUCUACUACA